AUGGCUCACAUCAAGACCGAAACCACCACCCAGCACGACCUCACCGAAGCCAAAUUCGUCCUCACAAUCUACCACCGACGACUCCGCCACACCCAAAGCAAGCUCGCCGACCUAUACGACCUCAACGAAGAACAAACUGAAGCCCUAAAAUCCUCCGGCAUCACACCAUUCACUUUGGCCCACGCCAUCUCACUUCGCGCCUCACUUGACGCCGCCAAAUAUCAAGUCAUUUUCGACGAGGCCAAUCUCUGCUACCAGAAGCGUCGGGUUGCCACUCUGCAGGCACGCGCCGCCCGAUGUUGGGUGCAGCUAGAAGAGGAGAGUGACGAGGAGGACGAGUUUCACUUCGGUGAGGAGGGAGAUUUUGCUGUUUCGAGUGGUGCUUGGGGUUUGUUGUAUGGUGGAGUGAAGACACUUGGGCAAUUCUUCUGGAAGUAA